GUAGUUCUCCUGGCCGUUCCAGCUUCCCCACAGGCCACACUAUAUAUAUUUUGUAAACAAUGAACACAAAAAUUUAAUUAGAAAUUAAAAUUUAGAAAACAAAUACCACCCUAGCACCAAUCUCUCCUCUCUCGUUCGCUCGAUAAAGGUUAAUAGCUCUCUGGAAUGGGAUUCAAUAAGGUCUAUCAAUGUUUGCAGAAUAUAUUUCCUCAGGUUGAUUCUCGUAUUCUAAAAGCUGUUGCUAUUGAGAACUCUAAGGAUGUUGAUACAGCAGCUGAGAUUGUUCUGACUGAGAUAAUACCUUACUUUUCUAGAAGAACUGUGGUUGUCGGUUCUUCCUCACAGAACCAGAGUCCUCCAGUGCAGCCAAAUGAAGCUGCAGAUGAGGAAGAAAGCAAUCAGUUGACGCGGCGAAAAGUAUUGGCUGGAAAAAGAGCAUGCUCUUCUACAGAACCAUUGUUGGAAACAGGAGAAGUUGUCAGAGAAACUCAUCUUACCAAUGCUGUCAGCAAUGUGGAUUCUCUUGAAGCAUCAAGUGCAGCUUCUAGUUCGAAAUUCCAUGAGAGCAAUAAUAAUGAAGCUGCUGAUAUUGAAACUGAGGAAUUGAUUUUGUUGGGGAAUGCUGAAACUCAGAAAGAUGAGUCUAGUUUAAGCUUGAAUACGUCAGAGGUUGAUAAUUCUAUGCUAUAUGCAAAUCUUGAAACUAAGGAGUCAGGUUCGUUAAGUCAAGACCGAACCAAAGACAUUGAAGAUGCAUUUUUGAGUACUCCCCAGGUUUCACAAUUCACCUCGCCUAAUGAUUCACCCUUGCUUUUGGGGAAUGCAGGUGGUAGUGGAAGCUCCAAUGAUAAGUUAAAUUUUGAUGAGCCCGUGAAUUUGAAUGAAGAUAUGUGCAGAAACAGUUCAUUAAAUGAAACCAUGGUAGGUGAAGAAAAUUCUGCUGGUCUGGUGGCUCCAUCAUAUUCUCCAGAGCAAAUGCCAGAAGACCCGAGGACUGAUCAGCAUUUUGAAAUUGGUUCUGUGAUUCACUCUAUUCAUUCUGAGAAACAAGGAAAAGGUUCAGUGGACCUUAAAUCCCAUCAGUACUGCUUUGGUGAAAUGAGUGAUAAUGAGGACGAUACCUUCAAUCCUGCUGUUAGUAGAUCUAGUCUGACAUGUCAAGUUGAUAUACUUGAAGAUAUCAUUGAAGAUGCUAAAAGUAACAAGAAAAUUUUGUUUCAGACCAUGGAGUCCAUUAUGAACUUGAUGAAAGAAGUUGAACUUCAAGAGGCAGCUGCAGAACAAGCAAAAGAGGAAGCUGCAAGGGGGGGCAUGUAUAUUCUUGUCAAGGUGGAGGAACUUAAACAGAUGCUGCUGCAUGCUAAGGAAGCAAAUGACAUGCAUACUGGAGAAGUAUAUGGGGAGAAAGCAAUCCUAGUCACUGAAGUAAAGGAGCUUGAAAAUCGCUUACUCAGCUUGUCAGAUGAAAGAGAUAAAUCUCUUUCCAUUCUUGAUGAGAUGCGUCAAACCCUCGAAGCUCGACAAUCUGUGGCACAGGAAUUGAUGAGAGCAGCAGAGCAGGAAAAGCUGGAAAAAGAGGAAUCUGCUCGUAAUAUUCUUGCUGAACAAGAAGCCAAAAUGAUGAAGGUGGUCGAAGAGUCCAAGAUUCUAAGGCAGGAGGCAGAAGAAAAUUCCAAGUUACGUGAGUUUCUUAUGGACCGUGGUCGAAUCGUUGAUGCAUUACAGGGAGAAAUAUCGGUUAUUUGCGAGGAUAUAAGAGUGCUUAAACAAAAGUUUAAUGAGCGUGUUCCAUUAAGUAAAUCAAUAUCCUCAAGCCAAACCAGCUGCAUCCUGGCCUCCAGUUCAUCUCUGAAAAGCGCAACAUCAGAGCGUGGUUCUCUGCAGUGGGAAACAGCUAAAAGCCGAGAGAAAAGAAGCCCAACCCCAUCUGUGAAUGGACAAUCACCGAAAAGCAGAUCUUCAGAUGAAAGAAACAAAGCUGAUGGCAAAGAACUGUCGGACGAUGGAUGGGAAAUUUUUGACAGAGAUGCCGAAUUCCAAGUUGUACAGUGAAUUCAUAUGAUCCAAAGAAGACCCCCAGUUAUAUAUAUACAUAUAACAUAAUACAAGACUGCAUUUUUUUUGUUCAA